AUGGGACGAGAAGCCAUCGGCGUAGUCGAUGAAGUUGGACCGAAUGUGAAAUCCCUCGAAAUCGGCGACCGAGUGAUCAUCUUACCAGUGAGAGCAUGUGGGCAUUGCGACUAUUGCAAACGAAAAGAAUAUUCGCUGUGUGAUGUGAGCAAUCCAUCCAAAGAGAUGCAAAUCGCGUACGGACAUCGCGUGGCUGGUAUUUUGGGGCAUACUCAGCUCCGUGGUGGAUAUCCAGGGAAUCAAGCUGAGUUCUGCCGAGUACCGAAUGCUGACUUCACAUGUCUCAAAGCGCCCCACGAUGUUGAUGCUUGGAAACUUCUCAGCUUGUCCGAUGUAGAUUCCACUGCGUGGCAUGCACUCGAACUAGCAGAGGUGCGAGACGGAGACGUCGUCGGUGUCUGGGGCUGUGGUCCCAUCGGAUUGUCCAUCCAGCGACUUGCCAAGCUACGCGGCGCCAGUAUGGUAUACGCGAUAGACAGCGAUCCGCGACGACUGCAACGGGCCGAAGAAUUCGGGAUGAUCCCUAUUGAUGUGGCGGCUCACCCUGAUAUUCGCGAGUAUCUUCUCUCGAUCCGGCCGCAGGGAGUGGACAAAGCGAUAGAAGCCAGUGGAUAUCGAAGCACACAACAGCCGUCUCUGGCUGCUAUGAGAGCUUCCGGGCUCGGACGAGAGAUUACUGACCCCGUGUCGGCUAUCAUCAAGGCAACGCGUAAGGGCGGCAAUAUUGCUCUGGUGGGGGACUUUUUCUUCACGACGCAUGAUUUUCCGAUCGGACCAUUCACGCAGAAGGCGUUGACUGUUCGUGGAGGACAAUCGAUUCCACAGAGGUAUCAACCGUUUCUCCUUGAUCUCGUUAUCUCGGGCCGAUUGGAUCCAUCGUGGAUGUUCACAUACGAAGAUCAUUUUGAGAAUAUCGCCGAUCACUACCGGCGAUUUGCGGAGCACGAGGAACCCGGUGGAUUGAAGGUGGUUCUGGUGACGGCAUUUGGACGCAGUGAGCAGCCGACGAGUGAUAUAAUUAUAGAUCGAGAGAGCGCAAUAGAUCUGUAA